GCAGCGGGCAACGAGGCGUUUCAGGCGGGGCGGCAUGAGGAGGCAGUGGAGCGGUACACCGCAGCCAUCACCAUCACCAUGCCCACGCUCGCCGCCUCGCGCCCCUUCUCAGCUGUCUGCUUCUGCAACCGCGCUGCUGCCAGCCACGCUGCUGGGAACAUUGCCGAUGCCAUUGCGGACUGCAGCAGAGCCAUUGCACUCGACCCGUCUUAUGCCAAGGCCAUCUCGCGGCGCGCCACGUUGUGGGAGAGUGUGCGGGAGUACGAGCACUCCCUGGCGGAUCUCAACCGCCUGCUGCUGCUCACGCACGGCAAGGGGAGCAGCACGGGGGGGAAGGGCAGCAGCGGGAAGAGCGGGGGUGGUGCUAGUGGUGGGGCAGGCAGUGUGGUGGACGAGAGGCAGGUGAAGGAGCGCGUAGGGCGCGUGCAGAAGGAGGUGCAGCAGGCGCACCAGCCCGACCACUACCUCAUGCUUGGCAUGGAGCAGGCAUGCACGGCAGCAGACGUCAAGAAGGCAUACCGCAAGGCAGCCCUGAGGCACCACCCAGACAAGGCUGCGCAGCUGUUGUUUCCGGGAAGGGGCGAUGCAGACGGGUGGCUUAGCAGGGAGCUGGGGGAGGAGAUACAGCGCGAUGCGGACCGGCUGUUCAAGGCCAUUGGCCACGCGUACAACGUGCUCUCGGACGAAAUCAAGAGGGGUGAGUACGAUGCAGAGGAGCGGCUGCGCAAGAUGCGCCCUCACUACUCGUCAGCAGCAGCAUCCGCAACGGCUGCUGCAGCAGCAGACGAGUUCUUUGCGACGUCGUUUGGAUAUGGUGGCGGGCGCAGCAGCACCCACAGGAGCCGAUGGGCCAACGAGAGCACAUGGGAGCGCCGCCACGAUUACUCGGGAGCUGGGAAUCGCACCGGUGGUUCGAGCCGUGGAGGGGGGACUGGUGAUAAGCCAAGGCGAAGCAACCAUGAAGCGCACUCCACCUCUCGGCCCAACCAGCAGCAGCAGCAACAGCCUCACUGGACUGACCGGGCACAAGGUGGUGGGAGCAGUCGGCGCAAUCAGAGCAAUGCAUCGCGACACACUGGUGCUUCUGGGGCAAAUGCCACUGGCAAAAGUGCUGCCGCUGGAGGUGGCGGUGGCGGUGGAGGUGGUGGUGGAGGCAAAUACAGUGACAAUGCCAAAGGGGGUUUUGAAUCCAGAUGGAAGGGGCGCCGUGGUUGGGAGGGUGAGAUGUAUGACGAUGACUAUGACAAUGUCGACGACUACAGCUUUUAUGACUAUUGAUGGAAGCAACAGCGAGGCGUUUUGACUUGUUGC